AUGUCACAACAUCAAACUGUGCGCAUAGAGCUAACUGAUUUCAUAGCAAAAUCUGGAUCACUACCACUCGUUGAUCACCACGGAACACUUGUUAAAUUUCUGAAAUUCAAAUUACGUACUCGGAGAUUGCAAGAAUUUUCCAUGAAAUUUGAAUCACCUCCUCCGAACGAGCCCGAUCAAUUGCUAAAUUUACCAAAAUCAUGCUUUCCCCUCAAUGUACGAAUAUCCUAUUCCUGCCAAUGUAUUCUCGUUUCGGAUUUGUGUGGUGAACGAAUUCAUGUUUUUGAUUAUUUCAACAAAAAAUUGAAAGCUUCCAUUCUUGUAGGUUCUCGACCAAGAUAUAUUUGCAUUGAAGAAAAUUAUGAUGAAAAAAGAAGCGAUGCUCUUUUAUUUAACUGCAACAAUGGAACGAUUGUGUACAAGUACAAUUUGGAAAAAUUAUUGGAACAAGCCAUGAAAAAUAUGAAUGAACGAUGUUCAAACUUUUUAUGGAAAUCUACACAUCCUUUAGAAACUGCUAAAGAAAUGGUCACAAAUUUUGGAAAAGUGUUUAUUUGUAAUCAUUCUCGUGAUUGUGUGGACAUUCUUAAUUCAAAGAAUGGAGAAUUUUUGGAAAGUAUUUCAUUGAAUGGACAUCUUUCAAAACCUAUUGGAAUUGAUUUAACCACCUUCGGAGAUGUUGUUGUCAGUGAAGAAACCAAUAGAAUUCAAAUUUUGAGAUUCAAUAUUGAUGAUGAUGAAUGGUUACAAGUUCAUGCUUAUGGUAGUAAGGGAUACCAGGAUGGAAAUCACUUUAAUAGGCCUUCGGGGAUGAUUUUCGAUAAAACUUCCAAUCGAAUCCUAGUAUGUGACACUCAUAAUCAUCGAAUACUUGUAUUUGCUCAGGAUGGUACUCUGGAGAAAUCAUUUGGUGAAUUCGGCUCAAAGAGAGGCAAAUUUUUUUACCCUGAAAACAUUUCCGUAAUUAUGAUUAGCUUAAACAAGAAGAAGAGAAAACUUACGGAUAGCCAAGAAUCUGAGGCUCAAAGUGAGGAUGAUCAUCGGGAUGAAACUUCGGAACUUGCGGAUGAUUUACAAACACAAUCAUCAUGUUCAUCACCACCAUAUAAUGAUCAUCAACAUCCGAUUCAUCAUCUAGAAGAGGAGAAUACUCUCGGAACUGAGGAAUAUUAUGACCUUUCAGAUUUUGAACUUGUUGAUGAGUCUAUUCCAAAUCAGCAGCAGUAUCAUCACGAUGAACUAGAUGAGCCUAAUUUCAAGACUUCAAUGCCCGUAAAGGAAGAAGAGGAAGAUAUUGAUUUUGAAAUGAUUCAAGGGAUCCUUUCCGAGGAGGAAGAGAAUGCACAACAUCAAUUACCACCUCUUCCUCAAACGCCAUUCAUUACUCUCAAUAGUGAUACAUCCGCUUUGGAAUCAUCAUCUGCCGAGUCUUUGGAAAACAAUAGCAUCAAUGAGCAACUGUAUGAUGAUGGCAACAGCAAUAACGACACGCAAAUGGGAUCCUCUCUGACCACAACUCCAAACGAAAGCUUUGAUAGUCAAUCCACAGCAACAACAACAAACCUGGAGGAGCAGUUCACUUCUAUUGAAACGAUGCCAAUUGAGAGCAUAUUAACUAUAAUUUCUACCAAUCCAGAACGACUUCACAGAGCAAAAUGUAUUGUACAAUUAUUGAAACAUCAUCUAGGUAUUCAAACGGUUCAGGCUUUACUUUUCUCACAAAGAAGAUUUGUACUUUCUAUUAAGGAAAUUUCAAAUCAAGAUUAUGAAAUGAUCCUUUGUGCUGCUCAAUCAUUAGACCCCUCAUGUACACCCUUUGGUUUUACGACUGCAUCUGAAUAUCAUUAUCAAAUGGUUUCAAGGAGAUAUCAUGUCAAAACAGGUUCGAGUGACCUUGAUGAAUUACUUGCUGGUGGUGUCGAGUCAUCAUCAUUGACGGAAUUCUUUGGAGAAUCGUCGUCAGGAAAAACUCAGAUUUGUCAUACUCUUGCAGUCACUGCCCAAAUACCAAACGAAGCUGGAUCUCCAAUAGGAAAAGUCAUAUAUAUUGAUACCUGUGGCUCUUUUAGACCUGAACGAUUGAAUCAAAUUUCGCAACGCUUCAAGCUGGAUCCUAAACAAACUCUAGAUAAUAUUUCAUAUUCUCGUGUUUAUAAUUGUGACCAACAAACUAAGAAUGUAAAUGAAAUGAGAAAACUUCUCAACAUGCAUCAACAACAGCACCAACAAAAUCCAUACCGACUCAUCAUCAUUGACAGUGCAACAGGUUUGUUCAGAACUGAAUUUAAUCGAGAUGGAAUUUGUGAAAGACAAAACAAGCUAGGUCAAUAUCUAGAAUCUCUAAUCAAGCUCUCUGAAGAUUUCAACAUUCCAAUUGUGAUUACAAAUCAAGUGAUGGAUGCAUUAGAAAAACCUUCUCCAUUCCAUUCUCCGAACAGCAGCAAAGGAUCACCAAAAGUAAAACCUGUUGGAGGACACGUACUCGCUCACACCGUCACCACAAGAGUGCAAUUUUUUAAGGAACUUCAACAAAGGAGAAGAGCCCAAAUAUUCAAGUCCAGCAAUAGACCUGAAUUGUCUUGUUCCUUUGGCAUCUAUGGAGAUGGAAUUGAUAAUUAUAGAGAAUACUAUGAUUCCUAUUGA